AUGGCCGGAUUGAAUUUUGAAAACUACCAAAGAAACCAGUUUCUCACUACAAAGGGGUUUGCCCAGCCAAAGGCAACAUCUACAGGGACCACGAUUGUCGGAUGCCAGUUCAAAGACGGGGUUGUGAUUGCGGCCGACACAAGGGCCACUGCGGGGCCAAUAGUGGCCGAUAAGAACUGCGAGAAGCUACACAGGUUGGCGCCAAAGAUUUGGUGUGCCGGCGCAGGCACUGCUGCCGACACCGAGAUGGUGACGCAGUUGAUUGCCUCGAAUUUGGAGUUGCACGCCUUGUCGCAGAACAGACAGCCUCGGGUGAUAACGGCGGUGACCAUGUUGAAGCAGCAUCUUUUCAAGUACCAGGGCCACCUAGGUGCGUAUUUGAUCGUUGCCGGGGUUGACCCCACAGGCGCCCAUUUGUUGUCAGUGCAGGCCCACGGUUCUACCGACGUCGGCAAGUACCAGAGUUUAGGAUCGGGCUCGUUGGCCGCGAUGGCGAUAUUGGAGACAAAGUUCAAAGACGACAUGACCAGGGAAGAGGCCAUUGCGUUGUGCGCCGAGGCAAUCGAGGCGGGUAUUUGGAACGAUUUGGGCUCGGGCUCGAAUGUCGAUGUCUGUGUGGUGGAAGUCGGCAAAGACGCCCAGUUGAUGAGAAACUACAUAACGCCCAAUGUGAGAAUCAAAAAGUGCAAGGACUACAAGUUCCCCAGAGGAACCACCGCCGUGUUGAGACAAAAGAUACGGGAUAUCUGCGACGUUGAAGAGACAGUGGUGACUUUUGGCGAGGGCGGUGACAAUGGAGAUAGAAUGGAAGUAGACGCAACAGCAUAA